AUGUACGUCAUUGCUAAAAUCAGUUACAUGUUACUGGUGGCACAGAGCUUUUUGCGAGUUGGUUGUGGCGGAAUACCGAGUUUCGCUAAUCCUCCAGCAUCAUACAAGGUGAAUUUUCCCUCCCGACUGUACCUCCCAGGUCGUGAAAAUCUCGGUGAAAAGAAUCGCGUCGUGGGAAAAGAAAGAGACCAAAAAGUAGGAGCAUCAAAUGAUACCGACGGAGUUCCAGAGAACGAUAUGCAAGUCAUACCCUUAGCGGUUUACCGCGAUCAGCAAAACGGGUUCCAAUAUCAGCCAAUAAUCUCGCGGCAGUUUCCCCAGAGUUUCUUCGAAUAUCCGAGGCAUUCGCAAUAUGCGGUCCCAAACGGGAGGCGCCCGUUUUCCCGGGGACCGAAAUCGGGACGGCCAAUAAUCAGCGUGGCGAACGAGCCGAAACCAAUAACAAAUUCAAAGUUGCCACAGCUGUUCCGGAUUGCCGACGACCUCGGUUACGGGGCGGAAUCUCCGGACGCGGAAAAGCUCUUUCUGGAAUUGACUCCUCCCGCGGUCGAUGGACCCGGGCUUCCGGGAAUUCCGGACGUCAGGCCCGUAUUCGAGGACUCGGAUAAUUACGACGAGGAUCGUAACCGCCCGGAUUAUCAAUUAGCGACGGGUGGCGUCCAAUCGGCCUUCAAUCAGCCCGUUGAUCCGCGUCCUCUGUUCUCCGGAAGUGCGAGAAACGUUGCUGAAUGCGUUGGGACGAAGAUGGAAGCUUUGCUUCGGGAUUUUGACGCGAGAUAUUACAAUUAUCGGCACCGUAGUCAUCUCGAUGUUCCCAGGAAUCCAACUUCGAGUCUCAUCCUCAGGGAACACAGAGCUUAUUACGACCAAUUGGCUGCGAACAAUAUUCACAACAAUAGACCUUUUGGUAGCUACAAAUUGGCGCGAGACGAAGAGCCAAGAUCCUUUGAUAGAGGAGGAUCCCUUUUGAACGACAGAAGGGUAUUGGAGUCGAUUUUUAAGGACACGAAAAGCUAUUUUACAGAUAUUAAAUAA